GCCCACCUGAACCACCCCGAUAAAAAGAGCUUAGAUGAGCUUAAUCCCUCACAGACUGAACUGUCAGGACAAGAUGAAAGGUCUUUGGUUUAUGCUGGUGCUUGUGGCUGUUGCCAAAAGUGAGAGAAUCUUCACUGGAGACCAGGUCAUCAGAGUUGACGUCCAGUCAGAGGAACAGAUCAAGCUUCUGCAGUUUCUGGAUUCUGAAGAAAAGUGGAACCUGGACUUCUGGCUCCACCCUGUCUCCACUAAGCUUCCUGUAGAUGUCCGAGUGCCCCGCACCCAUCUUAGUGCUGUGAAGGAGUACCUGCAUGCCCACAGAAUCCCUUUCACUGUCAUGAUUGAUGAUGUCCAGGAGCUGCUCGAUCAAGAGAAAGCUGAGAUGGAGGAGAACCAUAUCAGUGAGCGCAGCACCAGGAGUUUCAACUUCGGAGCCUAUCAUCCUCUUGAUACAAUCUACAGCUGGAUGGACACACUGGUGGCUCAGCACCCAAACCUGGUGACUAAGCUGGAUAUGGGCAGAUCUUACGAGAACAGGCCCUUGUACGUCCUGAAGUUCAGCACUGGAGGCACCAAGCGCCCUGCUAUCUGGAUAGACUUGGGCAUUCACUCCAGAGAGUGGGUGUCUCAGGCCACAGGAGUGUGGACUGCAAACAAGAUUGCUACCGAUUACGGCACCGAUGCCUCUUUGACCUCACUUCUGAACACCAUGGAUAUUUACUUGCUUAUUGUGGCCAACCCUGACGGUUAUGUUUUCACCUACACCAGUAAUCGGAUGUGGCGUAAGACCCGUUCUAAGAACUCAGGCUCUGCGUGUGUUGGAGUCGAUCCCAACAGGAACUGGGACGCAGGAUUUGGGGGUCCUGGUGCUAGUAGCCUCCCCUGUUCUGAUUCCUAUCACGGUCCCUCUGCUCACUCUGAAAUCGAGGUGAAAAACAUUGUGAACCUGAUCCAGAGCCAUGGCAACUUCAAGUCCUUCAUCUCAGUGCACGCCUACUCCCAGCUGCUCAUGUACCCUUACGGGUAUACAUGCAGGGCUGCUCCCGAUCAGGCUGAGCUGGACUCUGUUGCCAGAGCGGCAGUGCAGAAACUCACUUCCCUCUAUGGCACCGCGUACCAGGUUGGAAACAUCUGCAACAUCAUUUACCAAGCCAGUGGUGGGAGCAUUGACUGGUCCUAUGAUGUGGGCAUCAAAUACUCUUUUGCCUUUGAGCUGAGGGACACCGGUCGCUAUGGUUUCAUCCUGCCAGCUGAUCAGAUCAUCCCCACUGCCUCAGAGACUUGGUUGGCCCUGAAGCACAUUAUGGAGUAUGUUCGUGACCACCCGUAUUAGUGGCUGAUGGUUACAUGUUAAAAUUAGCCCAGUUUUCUCAAAGAUUCUGAGACCAAUAAAGCUACGUUUGGUUGCA